AUGGCGAGUGGAUCCUUCCCGCUCUCCCCUUAUCCUGACCCCGACGCCCACUAUUCCGACCCCGACGACGAACUAGUCUAUUCCCCUCCUGCAUCUACCAACAGUUGGCAUGCCAGAUUCAUACGGGCGUUCCGCGGACACGACUAUUCCCCACUCUCUUCUCUUCCCCAAACCUCAACAUCGCCGAAGAAACCGCGGCGGCAGUCCCUGGCGCUACUAUGGGUGCCCAUAGGUGUUGCAGCUGUCAUGGGUAUGCUAUACCUUAUUUACCCCACUUCAAGAUAUCACUACGACUAUCUCUCCCUCCCUUUAUGUCACGCCAAUGUCUCCCGGCGGCCGUCGAUUGACCUCCAACAAUGGCAGACUAAAUACUCCCCUUCUACUCUUUGCACCCCCACGAACCAGCACUCAAUUCCAGAACUAACAUACUCACAUUCCAGUACAUACGAUCGAUUUACGAGCCAUCGCAGAUGCAAGCCCAGGCACCUUUCAGCCUACUACCUGUUACGCCCGAUCCCCGGCGUGUGUUUAGAGGAGUACUUCAGCGGUCAACCGUGCAGUUGCAUGGGUUAUGAGAACAGAACAACACCGGAACCGAUGGACAUCGUUUGGGCUUGGGUGAACGGAAGUGAUCCGUUGCACAUUAGAGCAUUAGAAGAGACUCAGCGUGUGAAUGGGUACGGGACUUCGAAGCCCAAACUGUACCGAGACCACAACGAGCUAAAAUACUCCAUGCGUUCAGCCCUCGCCCAUUUUCGAAAUGGUCUUGGCUCUUUCCAUUUAUUGACGUCUGACAACGCGGUUGACGUCUCGGGGGAAGACUCGGAGGAACUACGAUACGACAUCCAACAUCAUUCUCAGUUCUUUGUGCCCGGCGCCUAUUCUGGUCCUACGUUCAACAGCUUUGCCAUCGAGUCCCAGCUAGGUGGACUAUGCGGCGUUUCGGAAAAUUUUAUCUACAUGAACGACGACUACUUCUUCCAUAGCGACGUCGAGCCGGAAGACUUCUAUACACAUUUCUACGGUCCCGUCCUUCGAUUCGAAUACUGGUUGGUUAUCGCUCCACAGAACCCGUCUACUAAGCCACCAGAAGGAGAAUGGAGACCCUCUCGAGCGAUCAGUAUGCCCAUAAUGAACGAAAUGGCCGCCGGGAUGUGGGCUAACGAAUUCAAUGCGACUGCCCACCGACCAUUUAGAGGUAUGAAUGGGCAUACCGCAGCUGGAGACGAUAAUUCUACUCUUGUCCCUGAUGGUGAUGACGUUCAUCCCGGGUUCAUGUUCGGCAACUUCCUCAUUGAUCGCGCGCGGGAAGCGCUCCUCUGGUCAUGGGUGGUGGCUCGUAUCGGCGGGAAUGGAACGCCCCCAUCCGAAGACCACGAUUGGGAUGACGAAGAUACGUGGGCGACCCAAGUCCACGCAUAUCGAGCGUGGAGCGAAAUCGGUGGCGAACCUGGUGCAGCAUCUGUGUCCGUUGCGCAGCCCGAGAGAGAAACACUCAGCCACGACCGUGUUGAAGAUAUUGUGCAUUCGAGGUUGGACCACAUGGAGAGCCAAUACUCGUUCUCGUCACAGGACGGAUGCCCCCUGGAGUACACGUACCCAAACUCACCCGGUCAUCCGCCCGGUCUUUCUUCAGACCCGCAUUACACCAACUACGGAUAUUCUCAGGCUGCGGAUUGUGUCGUCAGAUGGGACAAAGUGUUUCGAGAAGGACGGGGCGCCGAUUGCGAAUGCGAGCGAGUUCUUCGUACACGUUGCAUUCGAGGAAUGAUCCGAGCGCUAAUGAGCGCCUCCGGGCCUCUGGGGCUGUCCGAGUUCCUCCCGUCCCCAAAUCGAACGUACCCGUUACACUUCUCCCUCGUCGCAGACCCGAAUGACGUAGGCUCAAGCCCACCGCAUCUCCCGCUGACGGCCGAGUAUCACGCCAAGGAUUUUGUGCUGGAUACUGUGAUGGGCCCGUGGGCUCGGGAAGCCUUCAGACGACGCGGCUGGGCAUCAGUGGAGGGUGUGAACCUCCGGGAGUGGACGAUGAUGGUGAUACAAAGAUACCGCUAUGUUGUUGGCGAACUACCGUUUAGGUUCGUGUCGAUAACGGAUGCCCGGGAAGCCCGUGAUACUGUUAAGCAGCUCCGAGCGAACGAGAGACUGAGAUUGGUGUGUAUAAAUGACGACGUGGCCAAGGAAUCGGAUGUCCCGGAGGUGGACCGUGCUUUGCAGGGGUGGUUUCAUGAGAAAUGGCCAAUACCAGCGGAGUGGGAGGAGUCAGUAAGUUAA